UAAUUUUGUACUUUGAUGAAGUGAAAAUGAAAUCCGCGGGACGGCGGCGUGGGCGGAUUGGGCGCCUCUGCCACUUUCACGCUUCAGUUUAUUUUCCCUUUCACACGAGAAUCCAGACUAAAAGAUUAACAAAAUUAAUUAACUAUAUUAGAACCCACGCAGGGAUAGGAACCUUCUGGCUUCUCUCGUCUUCCACUCUCAGAUCUCCCUGCUUUCCCCGCACCCAUUUUAUUUGCACCUCGUUCUCUGUGACUCUCUCUCUCUCUCAUACACUGGACGCUUCCGCCUGAACCCCGUGAUCAAUCGCCCCUCAGAUCUCAAUCCAAUGGCCGUCGCCGUUCGAGGUGGCCGAGGAUCUUCGGCCGGGGGCGGUGCUCGCAGCAGCUUAUUCUCCUACCGGAUCUUCGUCUCCGCCAUGUUCACUCUCCUCUUCCUCGCCACUCUCUCUGUGCUCUUCACCGCCAACCCAUCAAACCCAAAUCAGGAUUCUGCACUUCCCACAACAGGAAACGCUUAUGUGCACCGCACUUUUUUGGCUUUACAAUCAGACCCAUUAAGGACUAGACUCGAUUUAAUCCAUAAACAAGCCAAUGAUCACAUGACCCUUGUGAAUGCGUACGCCGCUUAUGCCCGCAAGCUCAAGCUCGACAUCUCGCGCCAGUUACGAGUGUUUGAUGAUCUCGUGCGGAAUUUGACGGAUCUAACGUCGCGGCCUAGUUACCGGGCUGCUUUGUUCGGGUCGGAGGGGGCAGUGGAUGAGGAUGUGCUUAGGCAGUUUGAGAAGGAGGUGAAGGAUAGAGUUAAGAUUGUGAGGCUAAUGAUUGCAGAAUCAAAGGAAUCCUAUGAUAAUCAGUUGAAAAUUCAGAAACUGAAGGAUACGAUAUUUGCAGUUCACGAGUUGCUUAUUAAGGCAAAGAAGAAUGGAGCUUUUGCGAGCCUGAUAGCUGCGAAGUCGACUCCAAAGAGUCUGCACUGUCUUGCAAUGCGGCUUGUGGGGGAGCGAAUUGCGCACCCAGAAAAGUAUAGAGAUGAUGAUCCUGAGCCUGAAUUUGAGGAUCCAAGUUUGUAUCAUUAUGCAAUAUUUUCAGAUAAUGUGAUUGCAGUGUCUGUAGUGGUGAAUUCUGCAGUUAAGAAUGCGGAGGAACCGUGGAAACAUGUUUUUCAUGUGGUAACUGAUAGGAUGAAUCUUGCAGCUAUGAAAGUGUGGUUUAAGAUGAGACCAGUGGAGCGAGGAGCACAUGUUGAGGUGAAAGCAGUGGAGGAUUAUACAUUCUUGAACUCGUCAUAUGUACCCGUUCUGAGGCAACUUGAUUCGUUGAAUUUGCAGAGGUUUUACUUUGAGAACCCAACAGAGAAUGCAACUAAAGAUUCAAGCAACAUGAAAUUUAGGAAUCCCAAAUAUAUGUCAAUGUUGAGUCACCUUCGAUUUUAUUUGCCGGAGAUGUACCCAAAACUGCACCGUAUCCUAUUUUUGGAUGACGAUGUUGUGGUUCAAAAGGACUUGGCAGGGUUAUGGAAAAUUGAUAUGAAUGGGAAGGUGAAUGGGGCUGUUGAGACUUGCUUUGGAUCCUUCCACCGUUAUGCCCAAUAUAUGAACUUUUCACACCCUCUCAUUCGGGAAAGGUUCAAUCCCAAAGCCUGUGCGUGGGCUUAUGGGAUGAAUAUAUUUGACCUUGAUGCUUGGAGGCGUGAGAGAUGUACAGACGAGUACCAUUAUUGGCAAAACCUGAAUGAAGACCAGACUUUGUGGAAAUUGGGCACCCUUCCCCCCGGCCUGCUCACAUUCUACUCAACAACAAAGUCAUUGGACAAAUCCUGGCACGUUCUUGGGCUUGGGUACAAUCCCAGUAUUAGCAUGGAUCAGAUCAACAAUGCUGCAGUCAUUCAUUUUAAUGGAAACAUGAAACCUUGGCUUGACAUUGCUAUGAAUCAAUUUAAGCAUCUUUGGACUAAAUAUAUUGACAGUGAUAUGGAGUUUGUGCAAAUGUGCAAUUUUGGCCUCUAGGCGAGCACCAUCACUACCUUGUCAACUACGAGGUAAUGCACAAAAUUGAAUUGAAUCAAUGACCAUUUUAGGCUUUUUUUUUUUUCCAAGAUUUUGUGUCCAACAAGUAGUUGCAAGUUCCAGGGCGAAGCUCAAUGAUGUGAUUUUUUUGUUUUUCCAUUGUCUUUUUUAUUGGUGAACCACUUUGAUAUUUUUUUUUUUGUUUAUAAUCUUUUGUUAGUUUUUAAGGCAUUGAUUAUGAAUUAUUGCUGACCAUCUUGAGUCAUGUGUAACAUACAUAAUUGUUUCUUUUAUAUGAGUUCUUUCCCAAAGAGUUUGCUGACAA